UCACCAUUUCUCAAUGCAACUUUUACAGAUGAUCUUUACAGUUUGUUGGGAACAGAUCCAGUGAAAGGAUUAAGCAGUGACAGAGCGAACGAGCUCUUGGACUACUACGGUCCAAACACACUGACCCCAACUACACAAUAUUUGUGGCCUCGGUUACUAUUCAAAUCCUUGUGUACUGGGUUUUCAAUUUUAAUAUGGCUAGGUGCUAUAUUGUGUUUAGCAGCUUAUCUAAUUGAAUUAUCCACGAAACCAGAUCCUUGUACCGAUAAUCUUUACCUUGGAUGCGUGCUUAUUGCAGUCGACGUUAUAUGUGGACUUUUUAGUUUCUUUCAGAAUUAUAAAAGUUCUAAGAUAAUGAAAACAUUCAAUAACUUGAUACCGACGUAUGCAAAAUGUACACGGGAUGGUGUUUUGAGUACAGACACUGAAGUGCAUAAUUUGGUCAAAGGUGAUUUGGUCAACGUGGAAAUCGGAGACGUUAUACCAGCGGACAUUCGAAUUAUUGAAAGCAAAGGAUUUAAGGUGGACAACUCAUCAUUGACCGGCGAAUGUGUUGCAGUAGCACGAAGCAACACUGAAGGAACGCCUAAUAUUUUGGAAUCACCCAAUGUUGCAUUUUCUUCUGCUCUUUGCGUCGAAGGAUGGGCGAAAGGUUUACAGCCAACUGUAACGGCUUCUUUAACGCUAACUGCAAAACGCAUGGUUGCUAAAAAAUGUCUUGUCAAAAAUCUGGAAGCGAUUGAGGCACUUGGCGCCUGCACAACAAUAUGUUCUGACAAAACUGGCACUUUAACGGAGAAUAAAAUGUGCGUUGUACAUAUUUGGAUGUCAGAUAAAACGUAUUCAGUGUUGGAUGAUAACUUUGAAUCUACAUUAAGGAACGAUCAAGGAUUCGCUUCCCUAAAAAUAUGUGGUGCGUUGUGCAGUAAUGCAUCUGUUUCUUCCGAUGGAGUUAUGCGUGGUGAUGCAUCAGAAAAAGCAAUACUGAGCUUUUUAAUUAAGUUUGAUGACCCUGUCGCUAUAAGGAAAAGGUAUCCUAAGAUUGCCGAAAUCCCCUUCAAUUCUGUUAAUAAGUAUCAAGUCAGCGUUCAUUUAGAGGUAUCCUCCUCAAAGUACAUUAUAGUAAUGAAAGGGGCACCAGAGUGUAUAGUUUCCAAGUGUUCGACACUCAUUCACAAUAACAGUACAAUAAAUAUGAGUGCAAAAAUCAAAGAAGCAGCAAAUACGGCAAUCGAAAACUUGGCAAACACUGGUGAACGGAUAUUGGCAUUCGCUGAUUGCAUUUUAAAUCCAAAAGAAUUUCCAUUGGACUACAAGUUCGAUACAGAAGAUGUUAACUUUCCUCUUAAAAAUCUACGAUUCCUGGGAGUUAUAGGUUUGAAAGAUCCGCCUAGGGAAGAGGUCCGCUAUGCUAUAGAACGCGUGCGCGAAGCAGGAGUUCGUGUGAUGAUGAUAACAGGUGAUCAUCCAGCGACAGCUCGGGCUGUGGCUCACGAAGUGGGUAUUGGCACUGCUCCGAAUUUUCAUGUUGUGACUGGGACUGAACUGCGAAACAUGACGCCAGAUUUACUGUAUUUAACUUUGGAAAAACAUUAUGAAAUAGUGUUUGCGCGCACGUCACCUACCCAAAAGCUACAAAUAGUUGAAGCAUGUCAAAGACAAGGGGGAGUUGUAGCAGUUACAGGUGAUGGAGUAAAUGAUGCACCCGCAUUAAGGCGAGCAGAUAUUGGAAUAUCCAUGGGAAUUACCGGUUCGCAAGUAUCCAAGCAAACUGCUGAUAUAAUUUUAAUGGACGACAACUUCGCAACAAUAGUAACUGGGAUAGAAGAAGGACGAAAAAUAUUUGAUAAUUUAAAGAAAUCCGUUUGCUACAUCCUAAUAUCUAACGUUCCAGAAAUUAUUCCAGUAUUAAUGUUCAUUCUGUUCUCCAUACCACUACCCCUGGGUGUGAUGACGAUAUUAUGCGUGGACCUCGGAACGGAUAUGUGGCCAGCAGUAUCAUUGUCUUACGAGCAAGCAGAACAGGAUGUGAUGGCUCGACCUCCUAGAAGCUCUGACCCUCUUGUGUCGGCUUGCAUGUUACGCCUUGUGUACGGACAUCUCGGCCUCAUUGAGUUUGCUGCAGGAAUGUUCGCCUACUUCAUUGUAAUGGCUGAACAUGGAUUUUAUCCUUCUGAUUUAUUUGGUAUAAGAGAUAAAUGGGACAACGUAGCAGUAAGCGACGUCGAGGAUUCUCUUGGCCAAGAGUGGACUUAUGCGGAGAGAAAAGAGUUAGAGAGGGCGUGUCAGGCCGCUUACUUCGUAGCCGUAGUUAUAACGCAAAUGAUGAAUGGAAUUAUUUGUAAAACUAGAUACAACUCCCUCCUACAUGUCGGCAUGAAAAACAAUGUAUUAAAAAUGGGAUUGUUGGUAGAGUUAAUGCUCGCUUGCGUAGUGUGUUAUGUGCCUGGUGUUAAUACGUUUUUCCGUACAUAUCCACUUCGAUUGAGAUGGUGAGAAAAACUUUUUUGACACUUAGGUACUAAAAUAUUAGUGCCAGCGCACAUAGGUGACGGCAAGUUUUUUUUUUCAAUAAAAUUUAUUAAUUAUACAAUUUUACGCUAUACGAGUAAAUAUUUCUAAACUCGGUGAUUGACCUCAGCAUCGCGGCGCAUUUAUUUUAGACCGUACGAACUAUUUUAUUAAUAUUGUAUAAAUAUUUAUAUCAAUUGAUAAAGGAGAUGAUCCAAAUAUUCCACGAAAUGCAAUAAUAACUUAUGAAUGUUAUUUAAACGGGUACAUACCACGAUAAAACGACGAGAUUUUUAUUGUCGAUAUUUCGACCCAGUUGCAUGGAUCGU